CAGACCCAUUGGUCAAUAGUCCAAGUCAACUCCGCUCCCCUAUCCCAACCAACACGCCCGGCAUUUUUCUCUUCCUUCACUUUGUUCCCUGCUCCCACGAACUUUCCCGUUCCCCCAAACAUUCCAUAACCCAACACACAGACAUCUACCUCUGAUCCUCUCUCUCUCCUCUCUCUCUCUCCUCCUUCCACCUGAAAAAUCACAUAAACUAUAGUAUACAUACUACAAAUCUCCCUCACGCCAUCUUUGUAGCCGGAAAAUGAGCAGCUAUGGCCGCCAAACCACCUCACUUGUCCUGUAUUUCAAUUUCCAUUUCUUCUUGUCUUUGUUCUGCUACCUUCCUGUUCCUGUGGUGUUCUCUGCAUUAUCCUCAAACCAACAAACCACAAUGAUAGAUCUCUCCAACAGCCUCAACGCUUCUGCUGGUGGUGCUGUUCCAUGGGACGUCAACAAAGAACCAAACCCAUGUUCGUGGAAGGGAGUCGGGUGCAAUUCCCCGACCAAUUCAUCAGUUAUCCGGAUUUCGUUGUCCGGGCAUUCUCUAUCUUCCUCGGACUUUCUGCCGCUCGUUUGUCGGAUUGAGUCUCUGCAGGUUCUUGAUGUGUCCAGCAACCGUCUGACCACAAUUCCGCCUGGGUUUAUCUCAGCUUGUGGAAAGCUAGGUGAGUUAAAGCUGCUCAAUUUUAGUCUGAAUAAUUUGGUGGGUCCUCUGCCCGAUUUUGUUGGGUUUUUGGGUUUGGAAGCUCUGGACUUUGCUCGGAAUAACUUGAGUGGAAGCAUUGGCUCCAAGUUGGACGGGUUGGUCAAGCUCAGAAGCUUGAACCUUACCUUCAACCAUUUUGCUGGGCAUGUUCCAACCCGUCUCGGAAAGUCCAAGGUUUUGGAGGAGCUUGAGCUUUCUGUGAAUACGUUUGAUGGUCCUAUCCCUGCUGAACUUGUGGGAUAUAAGAAUUUGACUCUCAUUGAUCUUAGCGGAAAUCGGCUUACCGGGAUUAUUCCUGCUCGGAUCGGAGAGCUCUCCAAGUUGGAGGUUUUGAUUCUUUCGGCCAAUAACUUUUCCGGCGGAAUCCCACAAAGCAUUUCCAAUAUCACAAGCCUUUGGAGAUUUGCAGCAAAUUCUAACGAUUUCAAUGAGACGAUUCCUGGUGGCAUUACGGAGCAUUUGAAAAACUUGGAUCUCAGUUAUAAUAAAUUGAAUGGGUCGAUUCCAUCGGACCUCUUGUCGGCAAUGAAUCUGCAGACUGUGGAUUUGUCGAAUAAUAGAUUAGAUGGACCGGUACCUGAAACUCUAUCUCCGAGCUUGGUGAGGUUGAGACUGGGAAGCAAUUCGCUUGAUGGGAAGAUACCUUCUGCAGCAAUUGCAACACAUGACAAGUUGACCUACUUGGAGAUGGAAAACAAUAACUUGACUGGAUCAAUUCCUCCUGAAUUGGGUGAUUGCCGGAAAUUGGCGCUGCUGAAUUUGGCUCAGAAUCAACUGUCUGGGGCUUUGCCGGCAAAGUUGGGUCACCUUAGCAGUCUUGAGGUCUUGAAACUUCAAUCGAACAAUUUGAGUGGGGAAAUUCCAAUUGAAUUUACUCGACUACCCAAGUUGUCCGUUCUGAAUAUCAGCUGGAAUUCUAUCAACGGCUCGAUACCACCUUCAGUUUCAAACAUGCGGAGUCUUAUUAACAUGAACUUACAAGGUAACAAGCUCAGCGGUUUCAUUCCCGUCGGUAUUGCCUCCAUGGAUUCUCUGAUGGAACUCCAACUUGGAGAAAAUCAAUUAAGUGGUGACAUUCCAAGAAUGCCGACGAAUUUACAGAUUGCUUUAAAUCUCAGCAGCAAUCAUUUUCAGGGACCUAUUCCGGAAACUCUUUCGAGUCUCAGUGUAUUAGAAAUUCUGGAUCUCUCAAAUAACAAAUUCUCAGGUAAGAUACCUGAUUUUUUGACUAAAUUGGGAACCUUGACACAGUUGUCUCUUUCUAACAAUGAGCUCUCUGGAGAAAUUCCGACGUUCUCUUCUUGGGUCAUGGUCGACACAAAUGGGAACAAGGAUUUGCAUAACAGAACAAUAAACACUCCACCCCAAUUGGAGAAGAAGAAAAAAUCAUAUGCAGCGACAAUUGUUCUUGCCGUUGUAGCAGCAGCUGUGGUUGCUUUUGGAGCGAUCACCAUUGUUGGCAUAUCACGGCAAAAUUACAGGGUUAAUGAUGAACAAGUGCAAACAGAGGAAGAACUUGCUGUUCCUGAGGUCCUCCAGGGCAAUCUAUUAACUGCAAAUGGUAUUCAUAGAUCAAACAUCGAUUUCACUAGAGCGAUGGAAGUAGUUUCCGACCAGUCAAACGUUGUGCUGAAGACUAGGUUUUCAACUUACUACAAAGCCAUCAUGCCGUCUGGAGCAAGCUACUUUGUGAAGAAGCUCAACUGGAGUGACAAGAUAUUCCAACUGGGCAGCCACGAUAGGUUCGCCCGAGAUUUAGAGGUCUUCGGGAAACUAAGCAAUUCCAAUGUCAUGAAUCCUCUGGCCUAUGUCUUGACUGGUGACAGUGCUUAUCUGUUCUAUGAAUUUGCUCCAAAAGGAACCCUUUUUGAUGCUCUUCGUGGUAUCUCGGGCGAUGACAUGGAUUGGGGGAGCCGGUAUAGUAUUGCAGUUGGAGUAGCGCAGGGUCUUUCUUUUCUUCAUGGGUGCACUCCAAGUCCAAUACUCCUCCUUGACUUGUCAAGCAAAAGCAUUUUGCUCAAGUCCCUCAAGGAGCCUUUGAUUGCAGAUGCUGAGCUCUUGAAGGUGAUCGAUCCUUCAAAGAGCACCGGAAGCCUUUCUACUAUUGCUGGUUCUGUUGGCUACAUUCCUCCAGAGUAUGCAUACACUAUGGUUGUAACAAUGGCCGGGAAUAUCUACAGCUUCGGGGUCGUUCUGCUGGAGUUGCUGACGGGAAAGCCAGCAGUUAGUGAGGGGAUUGAGUUGGCCAAGUGGGUCUUGAGUAACUCAGCGCAGCAAGAUAAAAGGGAUCACAUUCUUGAUUACAGUAUCAGCAGAACAUCAACUGCUGUCCGAAACCAGAUGCUUGCGGUCCUGAAAAUUGCUCUUGCUUGUGUUAGUGUAUCACCCGAAGCAAGGCCAAGAAUGAAGAGUGUGCUUACGAGGCUCCUCAAUGCAAGAUAAAGUAACACGGCAUGAUUCAAAGUCGCUAUAUGAAUACAAGUUCCAUGCAUAAGAUGGGAUGAACCCGAAGCUUCGGUCAGUUCCUACAACUAGAAUAUCAGUCGUUCGAUGUAGUUUAAAGCUUAUCUUGCCAUAGAAUAUAUGGCAACUAUAGGAAGUAAUGUAACAUGUAGAAAAUUUAUAAACUGAACGCGAAUAUAUAAACAAUGCGUUGCUUGU